GUGGGCACAGACGAAAUCCAUACUUUUAAGUUUAACAAACUUGUGUUACAAAUAACUACAAACUUGACAUUGGCUAAUCUUUGUAAAGCGAGACGAAAGAGAAAAAAAAAAAGUUUAUAUUUCAGUUGCCAUGGUAAUUUUGAAUCAAAAUAACGAAGUCAAACCUACAUGAAACUUUGGGAAACUAAUAUCCCCUUAGAGUGAUCCCAAUAUAUUUAGUUUCACAAGAGAAGAAAGUGAGGACAGGUAGUCGGUGGUGUGGUAGGCGCAGGUAUGUGCCAUGAACCGCUACGUGGUGCUGCAGCAGCUCGGCGACGGCACGUACGGCUCGGUGGCGCUGGCGCAGCGCCGCGACACGGGCGAGAAGGUGGCCAUCAAGCGCAUGAAGCGCAAGUACUACUCGUGGGACGAGGCCAUGAGCCUGCGCGAGGUCAAGUCGCUCAAGAAGCUCAACCACGCCAACAUCGUCAAGCUGCGCGAGGUGAUCCGCGAGAACGACACGCUGUACUUCGUGUUCGAGUACAUGCGCGGCAACCUGUACCAGCUGCUGCGCGACGCGCCGCGCGCCUUCCCCGAGCCCGUGCUGCGCAACAUGCUGUUCCAGGUGCUGCAGGGGCUGGCGCACAUGCACCGCCACGGCUUCUUCCACCGCGACCUCAAGCCCGAGAACCUGCUGUGCACCGGGCCCGAGCUGGUGAAGAUCGCCGACCUGGGGCUGGCGCGCGAGGUGCGCUCGCGCCCGCCCUACACCGACUACGUGUCCACGCGCUGGUACCGCGCGCCCGAGGUGUUGCUGCGCGCGCCGCGCUACGGCGCGCCCGUUGACCUGUGGGCGCUGGGCUGUAUCAUGGCCGAGCUGUACACGGCGCGCCCGCUGUUCCCCGGCAACUCGGAGAUCGACCAGCUGCACCGCAUCUGCGCGCUGCUGGGCGCGCCGACGCGCGCGCAGUGGCCCGAGGGGCACGCGCUGGCCGACGCGCUUCGCGUGCGGCUGCCGGGCGGCGCGGGCGUGCCGCUGGCGCGCGCCGUGCCCGGCGCCGGCGCACCUGCGCUAGCGCUGCUGGCCGCGCUGCUGCGCCUGCCGCCGCACGAGCGCCCCACCGCGCCGCAGGCCCUGAGAUUUCCAUAUUUCGCCGUGGGCGCCGCGCUUGCUCUGCCCCCUCCGGCGUCGCGGCUCAGGCGGAGUAGCACACGAGCGGAGAUCGAGAAUGCUGUCCCGGCGGCGCCCGGCGCUCCGAGCCAGCCGGUGGCGCCCACCCCGCCGCGUGACCGCUUCGCUGACAUCCUGGGGGGCGAGGUGGCGCACUCGGCGCGGCGCGGCGGCGGCGGCGGCGGGCGCAGCGUGCUGGCGGCACUGCAGGGCGCGCCACGCGCCGCGCCCGCGCCCGCUCCCGCUCCCGCGCCCGGCGCCGCGGCCGCCUACCUGGGCGCCGCGCGCUACGUGGCCGGCGCCAGGAUCGACACGACGCUGUUCCAGCCGCUCGCGCUGCUCUCGCGUCAAGAAGCCACCACAGUGGGCAGCGGCGCGCACAGAGUAGAUUGGGCGGCGAAGUAUUUGCGUUAACGUGAUUUCUUUCGAGUUGAACUCAUAAAAAUACUGUGUAUAUUUUGUAGAUUAGAAAACGUUUGUAAA